AUGCAAGAGCACAUACGCGAUGUUGCCGUGGUAGGAACUGGUAUGGCCGGACUGGUGACCGCAUACCUAUUGCACCACGAUCCACAGCAGCGAUUCCGCGUGCGAUUGAUUGACAAGAACUCGCGACCCUCGCUGGCAGCCGAGUCUAUAGCGCUGCCCGUCGCGUCAAAACAUGCGACCUGGGCGGACGUGCCCAUGCGCGCCUUUGCGGGCGGUUUUUAUCAUAAUCUCGUCCGCAUGUACGAUUAUUUAGAUAUUGACUAUCACCAGCAACCAUUUUUGUUCAACUUUGUGCGGCUUUUACCCCCGUUAAAAGGAAGACCGGGACACACCCCUACGUCUCCGGCCCCCCUGGAACCCUAUAUGAUUCACGCCUCCAACUUCCACCAAUGGCCACCCCUCCUGCGUGGGGAUAUGUUCCAAUGGAGUAUGGAGGUCGCCAUGGUAUUGAUCUGCUAUCUUUGGUUUACGCUGUGUUGCUUUUUGGUCGCCCCGGCGCAGUCCUCGAACGGCGAGGGCGAGUCGCUCAACGCCUAUCUCCAGCGCAUACGGCUACCGCAGGCGUACAUUACGCGGUAUCUGCUGCCGAUGAUCUCUAGUGUGUCUACAUGCACACAUGCGGAGAUGCUGCGGUUCCCAGCGUCAGACGUACUGGCCUAUAAGAGGCAAACACACCGGCAGCCGCAUUUUGUCGUCACUGACGGCGUGCACACGGUGCAGGAGAAGCUUCUGCGUGGUAUAGAUGUCCGGCUAGGUGUCGAGUCUACAAGAGUCGUGUCUGCGGCUCAUGAUGACGGCUCGUUGCUGACGACCUGCGUGGAUGGCUCUGAAAGCACUGAGCGCUUCGACUUGAUCGUGUUGGCCGUGGCUCCUGACGCGGCGGCUCGUAUCUUCGAGCCCUUACGAACUCAGAUGCAGCAUGUGCCGAUGACAAUGGUGCAGACUGUUGCGCAUACGGACUCUACGAAUCUCGUCCGCGCUGGGACGAGCAAGCACCACGCCGCCUCCGGAGAUGCAGUGACUACCCAGCAAAUUUACCUCUGCACAAAUGAAGAUACCACGGAGGCCGUUCAUGUUCAGCCCAACUCCCUCCUCGUUACGACAAACCCACUGACACCCAUCGACCCGAGCAAAAUCAUCCGCUCUGCGAGAUUCCCGCGCGUCUUGCGUAAUCCCACCAGCCAGCUACUUAUCAACAAGAUCUCCGAGGGCCGGGCAGAUAAAGGCUGGAAUAAUGGAGAUGAUGGCGUGUAUCUGGCCGGGGGUUGGUGUUGGGACGGAAUGGUGUUGUUAGAGGGAUGUGUCGUUUCGGCAAUGCGUAUUGCCAGAGACCUUGGGGUAGACGUGCCCUGGAAAUAA